UAAGGUAUUAGGAGAUAUUAGGAGCAUAUGGACGACCGCCUAGAAACGUAAAAGAUUUCCCUAAUUUCUGUUUUGGUGAAAGAAAAGCUUUCCUGAAAAUAUAGUAAGAUGGAAGUCAGAUAAUAAACGAAUAUUAAAUAAGGUGGCUGAUUUAAAUCGAGAAGUUAUCCGGGCUCCACAUUUCUCUUCUUUCCAUUUUCAUCACUUUUCAGAUUCUCUCCGUUCGAACCCACUCCAAUCGCUCUCUGUUUCAGAAACUCCUUAUUUUUUUAGCUUUUUUAUGUUUUCGUUUUCAUGUCAGAAAUUCGAUUUCGAUAUUCAGUUUGCCUCACAGAGAAUUUCGAUUCAGAUAUUGUGAUUUAGAAGAAACUCAAAUGCUCGGAUCUGCUGGUUGGCAUUAUGUUUCUGAAACUGGCACCUGUUUGAAGGAAAAAGAUGCACGAGUUUUUUGGGUCAUGUGACCACCUUUUCAAGGAAGUCAUAGUAAAGAAAGUUUGUGGACCUAUCUUUUGUCAUCCAAAAGUUUAUUCUAUAUUCAAAAUUUCCAUUAUGAGCUGAGAAGCAGCAAUAUGUUUUUAUUUUUCAAUUCAAUAAGGAGAUGGAGGAUGCACGAGAAGAUGCAGGGCCACCUGAAACGGGUCCUUCCAGUGCUACUUGGUGGCCCUCAGGUUUUAUUGAAAAUUUCCAGUCUGUUUCCCUGGUAUCUCAAGAAAAUACUUUGCAUGGUAAGGAAUUGAAGAGCAAUUGUAAAGAAGAUGAGUUGUCAUCUCAGACAGCUUCACAAAUCCUCUGGGCUACUGGAAUGCUUUGUGGAUUGAUUCCUAAUGGUUUCUAUUCUGUCAUUCCGGACAAGAAGCUCAAGGAGCAUUUUCAUAGUAUUCCUUCUCCCGAUGAACUUUAUGCUAUAGGUAUGGAGGGUCCUAGAGCUGAUAUUAUACUUGUAGAUGCAGAGAAGGAUAAGAAACUUUCCAUGCUGAAGCAACCGAUUGCGGCUUUGGCGAGAGGAUUGAAUUCAAAUCCAGCUGCAAUGAUAAAAAAGAUUGCUGGAUGGGUUUCUGAUUUUUAUAAGCGACCAAGUUCAGAACUAAGUCCAGCUAAAGCAGCAUUGGAGGAAAUGUCUCAUGUGUCAGAUAAUCGAGGUGUCCAGCUGUUGGGGCAAAUAAAACAUGGUUCGUGCCGACCCCGAGCAAUCCUAUUUAAAGUUCUUGCAGAUACUGUUGGACUUGAGAGUAGGCUUAUGGUGGGUCUACCAAGUGAUGGAGCUGUUGAACCUGCUGACUCAUAUAAGCAUAUGUCUGUGAUAGUCGUUUUGAAUUCUGUGGAACUACUUGUUGAUCUUAUGCGGUUCCCAGGACAACUAAUUCCAUGUUCGACCAAGGCAAUUUGGUUGUCUCACAUUUCCACAGCAGGGGAGAGUGAUUCAGCAGAAAAUGACUCAUGCGACUCACCCCUUGAACCAAACAGUCCUCUUUAUGGUUUUUCAGAUAGGGUGGAUGCGGAAGGUUUAUCACAUAGUGAACCCAACAUUGCAAAUACGUUUUGGCGACGCAGUCGGAAGAAAGUCAUUGCUGAACAACGAACAGCUAGUUCAAGUCCGGAGCAUCCCUUAUUUCGGGCACGUGGGCGGUCCAUGCUAAGUGGUGACAAACAAUCAUUAAGAGAAUAUUCAGAUCAUAUGGCUCCAUCAAGGUCAGAAGGAGCAUCAACGUCUGAGACUCGUAGAAUAAGAAGAAGAAGUAUGAGCAUUACUCCAGAAAUUGGUGAUGAUAUCGUAAGGGCUGUGCGAGCUCUGAAUGAGACACUGAAGCAAAACCGACUGUUAAAAGAACAAGCUGAUGAUGGAUUGGUUACAAAUGACCAAAGCAAUUGUUCAGAUCCUCAACAAAAUGUAUGCUUUUCUAUUUCGUCUGCUCAAAGGAUUGCAGUUCUUAAUUGCCCAUUUGGCAUUACUCUGUUAUUGUUGUCAUCAAAGUUGCAUGAGGGCUUACUACUCUAAAAGUUUGUUGCUAUUCUUAGACCAACUGAUGUUGUCGUUGC